UUCCGGUCCAAAUGAUGUGUGGUACACAUUGUUCUCCCUCAUGUACCUCAGUAAAAGAUGAAGCUAUUCUGCUGGAUGAUAGGCGCUGGCUCCGAUGCAUUCUCUGUAUCAAUGGCGCCAGACGAUACGAUCGAUGACCUGAAGGAUGCUAUCUGCGUUAAACAGUCAGAUGAUCUAGCCAAUGUUCAAGCUAACAAGAUUAAACUCUUUCCUGCGCGUAUCAACGAUGAAUGGGUUGGUGCAGAUAAAGUCGAGACGUUACUGGAGAACCCGACACUGGCAAGAGAAUUACUUGCCAAGCCCCUUCUGUCUACCAAGCGCUUGCGGAAGGUUUUCCACGAUGACUUGGGCGAAGAUGUGGUUCAUGUACUUGUGAAGAUGCCCGAAAAUGAAAAAAAACAAGCUUAUUCUGGCAACAAUCCAAAAGCAACGUGUCGUUCAUGAGAUGCAACGGAAGAUCGAAGAAGAACAACAGAAAGCUGAUGUGGCAUUUCAGGAAGCCGAGCGCAUCGCAAAUAUUCCAGCCAAGCGCAAGCGUGACUGGACGAUACUGAACAACGCAAUUGCGUCGAAACAAGGGAAAGAUGGUAACACUGCAUUUUCUGCAGUGGAGUAUGAGUCACUGCCAAAACGAUUUCGUAUUGACGAUGGAGAAGUAACUCAAGGUCCGUUUCAUAAACUGAUGACGGAAGCAAAUGGCAUCGACGAUAACUCUUUGGACGAGCUGAUGAAGUCUCUUGAAGUGAAGUCAUGGGCAUACAACGAUCCAACUACAAAUGAAGCGACGCGUGUCCAAUUCAUGAGUGCUAUCUUCGAGCAUGUUGUUCACAUGUUCAAAAAAGCUGGCAAGGAUUCUGAGCGAGUGCGCCUAUCGAUUCAAUCGAAGCUCGCUGGAUCCUUUGUGAAAGCUAAUGGUGUGGUGGAUUUCUUGAUCAGUCGUGGUAAAAAGACAGUAUGUGUUGUGGAAGCAAAAGACUGGAAUUUCAAGAAAGGAUCCGCACAAAGCGUUCUUGGUAUGGAAGUCGCUGCGGAAAUCAACAAUGAAGAACACGUAUACGGAGUGGUUACAAACUAUGUGGAAUGGCGCUUUCUCAAGCGCACAGAUGAUGGAAUCGAACGAUUCAGCGAUGGAAUUCCUGAGAAUGGUUCGACCCGAGAUGACGUAAAUCGCAUCGCAGGACGUCUUCAUGCCAUCCUAGAUGACUAGAACAAAAAAGCAAAACGUACAUGAUAUAAUAAACUUUAAUUAUAUAUAAAAAUAAAUUCAAAACGG